AUGGGAGCCGCCCCUCGCCCCCAGCCCCGCUCCGGGCUCCGAUGGGGCGGGGGGCUGCGGCCACCGCGGGCGGCUGAUGGCGAGCGGAGCCCGGGGCCGGGAUGGCGCUGGAUGUCCCCCGGGAGUAGGACAGGCCCGGAGGGAGAGGAAGAAGAGGAGGAGGAAGAGGAGAAGCCCCCCCAUGAGCCGUCGCUGCUGCGGAAUUUCGGGCACCGCUCGGAGCGUCCCGGGCAUCACCGGGGGGCAGCGGGGGGAUCGAGCGGGGCCAUGCAGCGCCUGAGCCUGCGGAACCUGUCCCUAUGUUUCCAGCUGCUGAUGCUCUCCUGUCAGACCCAGUACGUGAGGGACCAGGGGGCCGUGACGGACCAGCUGAGCCGGCGCCAGGUCCGGGAAUAUCAACUCUACAGCCGGACCAGCGGCAAGCACGUCCAGGUGCUCGGCAAAAGGAUCUCGGCCACCGCCGAGGACGGCAACAAAUUCGCCAAGCUGAUCGUGGAGACCGACACGUUCGGGAGCCGCGUGCGCAUCAAGGGCGCCGAGAGUGAGAAAUACAUCUGCAUGAGCAAGAGGGGGAAACUCAUCGGGAAGCCCAACGGGAAGAGCAAGGACUGCAUCUUCACAGAGAUCGUGCUGGAGAACAACUACACGGCGUUCCGGAAUGCUCGCUACGAGGGCUGGUACAUGGCCUUCACCCGCCGGGGCCGGCCCCGCCGCGCCUCCCGCAGCCGCCAGAACCAGCGCGAGGCCCAUUUCAUCAAACGCCUCUACCGGGGCCAGCUGCCCUUCCCCAACGCCGAGCGCCAGAAGCACUUCGAGUUUGUGGGCUCCUCGUCCCCCACCCGCCGCUCCCGCCGCACCCGCGGGCCCCGCACGUAG